AUGUCUACAAUAAUAUUUCGUUUUAGACCGAAAUUUAGCCGUUUUUGUCUUGGUGCGUGUGUUAGAGAAAAAAGUGUUUGGACCAGUGAGAAGAUUUUAGCUUCGGCUUCUAAAGAAGUUGACAUACCGAACUUAACAGUGGAUCAGUACCUGUUUAGCAAUUUAGAAAAAUGGGCAACUAAGACUGCUGUGAUCUGUGGCCAAACAAAUAGACAGUACACAUAUGAGGAGGUGUACAAGAAAUCAAGAAUCUUUGCCGCCAAUUUGAGAAGAAAGUUCAAAAUCAAAGAUGGCGACGCCGUUACUGUUUUACUGCCAAAUGCGCCUGAGUUUCCCAUCAUCACGUUCGGUAUUCUUGCUGCCGGUGGUGUGGUUACGACUAUGAACCCUGUUUAUACUGCAUACGAAAUCCAGCGGCAGAUUCUUUUAUCAGAGACAACACUCAUUAUAACUAAUGAAGAUUUAGUUCCAACAGUGAAAGAAGCUUUGAAACUAGCAGAGAAAGACUUUCCGAUAAUCUCCUUAAAUCUUAAAAAUAAACCAGAAGGAACAGCUUCGUUCAAAGAAUUGAUUGAUGAUGACCAUGUUGAUUUAAGUGUCUUAAAAGAAGUUAAUAGAAAACAUGAUGAUGUAGCGUUUUUGCCAUACUCUAGUGGCACUACUGGGCUGCCUAAAGGCGUACAGCUGAUUAACAGAAAUAUUGUAGCAAACUGCGAACAACAGAAUACUGAUUUUAGACAGUAUGAAUAUACUACUGAGUCACAUCAAGACAGUACUUUGGUGGUGCUGCCAUUGUUCCAUGUAUACGGGUUGAGUAUCUGCAUGUUACAUAAAAUGUCUGUUGGUAUGAAGCUGGUGACUCUGCCAAAAUUCCAACCAGAUAUGUUCCUGAACGCGAUGCUAGCAAAUAGAAUCGACUUGAUGUAUUUGGCUCCACCAAUGGUCAUGUUCCUCGGUGCAUAUCCUCAAGUGACGGCAAAGCAUCUGGAACAUGUGAGGGCAGUGACGUCAGGAGCUGCGCCUUUACCUUCUGCGGAUAUUCAGAGACUCUUUGAAAAGGCUGAGAGAGAAAUCCAGUUCUGCCAAGGUUAUGGUUUGACAGAAACGUCUCCUCUGAUCAGUCUGACUCCCUUUGGUGAGAAGACAUAUGAAGACGUCGGAUAUUUACUGCCAAACAUGUAUUGCAGAAUCGUCGAUGAAAAGAUGAAUAAUUUGGGACCUGGUGCGGUUGGAGAACUUCUAGUUAAAGGACCGAACGUAAUGAAAGGGUAUUUGAAGAAUCCACAAGCUAAUAGUGAAGUAUUUGUCGAUGGAGACUGGUUUAGAACUGGGGAUCUGGCGAAAAUUAAUGAAACUGGAUUGAUUACCAUUGCUGAUAGGCUUAAGGAACUGAUUAAGGUGAAAGGCUACCAAGUACCACCGGCAGAGUUGGAGAACGUGCUAAAAGAACAUCCAGCAAUUCUGGAUGCGGCUGUUGUUGGAGUACCUGACACGGUCACGGGAGAAAGACCACGAGGCUUCGUAGUCUUAAAGCCAGAAGCCAAAGCGAAUGACAAAGAUAUAAUGGAAUUUGUCAGCAAAAGAGUAGCACCAUACAAGAAGAUUAAUGAAAUAACAUUCCUAAAAGAAAUUCCAAAAAAUCCAUCAGGGAAAAUCCUUAGGAAAUCUUUGAAAGAACAGUAUUGUAAAUAA